GGUUCCUCGGCAUGACGUCCGUGUCAAAACGCGAAAUAUUUCUAAAAGCUGCAAAUUUAGCUUCGAAAAUAAAGAUUUUAAUAUCACCGUAACUAUAAACCAUAUCCGGAAGGGCUAGAUAUAUUUUUGUUGUUUAAUGAAUAAAACUGUUACGGUGCGUAUCACAUUUUGCAAGCUAACAGUUAAGCUAAUUCGCUUAGAAACGUAAUUCUUUGUAACAUAAGUGCUAAUAUCUGCUUUUUUAUUAAUAUUGUUGACAUAACCCACAUGCCGUGUUGUGAACAGUGUGUUUAUUCGUUUGAGUGCAUAGUUAGAAGUCAUACUGCAGUUUAUGUAUAUUUUUUUUCAUGCAGGAGGUGAUGCUAGCUCCUGUUUACAUGUUCACAAAUGGAGCAAGUUUCGACAAACGCUGAGGUCCGCCUAACUGUGAGCCAGUGUUUCCGGACCCUCACCACGUCCACGGACAGUACAGACAUUAUCAGCGCUUUAAAAACACUCCUCUCCCACCUGGAUGGAGGACCUGAAGGCACCACCACCGCAGCCCAGCAGGCAGAGUUCAGGAGAGCUCACUACACUCGAACUCUUCAGCUCCUUGUGAGCAACCUCCAGGCAGACUGGCUGCACAGCUUCACAGCAGCUCAGCGCUCAGAGCUAUGGGACAGUCUGUUCCUCAGAGGCCCUCCAGAUCAGGCGCUGCUGGUGCUGAUGGAUGGGAUAGGAGAGCUGAGACCCAGCACAAAUCUGGACCACCUAGUCAGCAUCACCGAGAAGUUCCUUCAGAAUCAUUGUCUGGCGGAGCUGCUGUGGUCCUACUGUCUGCAGGCAACUCCCUCUGACUCUCCACAGCUCAGAGAGACUCUGCUUGGACGGAUCAGUGCCCUGCCGGAUCUCACCGCCAACAAGUUACAUCUCAACAACAGGCCUGUUUUUCUCCCUCAGCAGUACUACCCACUGCUGGCCACAGAAAUGCUCACUGCCCUUGAGCGAACCUGCCAGGCGCUCAGAGAUGGCACAGACUGUUCGUUGACUUUUGUGGCUCAAACACUUGGGAAAGUGUGCAUCCAGGGACACAGCGGUUUGGUCCUGGCCGUGGUGGCUCCUCAGUUGUCCGUCUGCACACGCUCAGACAUGGUUUGGCAGAGGGUUUGCUGGAAGCUGAUGGAGAACGUUCCACAGCGAUGGAUGGAGAGCGUUCUCACUGGGCUGGUGCAGGCUGUCAGUGGGCCGGAUGCUUUGGGGAGGAUCAUUGGGAAUCUAGUGUUGACAAAUAAAAAGGCUCAAUUUGUCAUCACUCAUAAACUGCUGUUGCUGCAAUACAAGUACGAGACUCGGGUCUUGAGAAUUGUUCUGGGUUACCUCGCAGCAGACAAAGAUCGAAGACCAUUUCUUGUCCAGGUGUUACGGUCUAUAUGCCAGGCCUGGGCUAACCCCAGUGCAGUGAAACACACACCUCUAGAGCAGCAGUUGUAUGUCAGCAAGACUUUACUGCUGAGUGUGAGUCUGCUGAAAGACUCUGAGCUACAGGAGCUACGUUCAGAGCUACUUCAUUGUAUGCUGGGUGGCAUGCAGAGUCACCUCGACAGCAGCGUGGUGCGUAUCAGACAUAUGGGGAUGGUGGUGGGAGAGUGCCUGAGCUCCCGCAUGGAUGGAAGCGGAACCCAACUCAAAUUUGAGUACGAUCAGGAUGAAGAAACCCGUGAGCUGCUUUCUCUCAUGACUCCCAUCACUUGUGAUGAAGCAGAGCCUGAGCCUGUAAACAGGGCCAACUCUCUUCAAGAGACCAAUGAAACAAUGCCAUCCACUGAGAAUACAUCAUCACAAAAUAAAUCAGCACCUCAGUCAUCAAAAACCGAUGCAGACUCAGACCUUGAUAGCGAUGAUGAGCUCACUCCGUACGACAUGUCUGGAGAUCAGGAGAUGAGUCAGGCUUCUCCACCUCGCUACCUACGAGACUGUCUGGAAAUUUUAAGAUCCUCCGAGGACGGAGUGCGUGUGGAGCUCAGUUUGAGAGUUGCUGAAAGUUUAGUGCGGAGGAACGCCUUUGCAGCCAGAGAGAUCAGCGUCCAGAUGUCCAAAGUGCUUCUUCAUAUGGAGGAUAAAUACAACAUUAUUGGCUUCCUGGGUCUCAGACAGGCAACUAUGGUGGCUCUCACUGUCACAGACUGUAUUCCUGUAACUCAGUAUUUGACCACAGAGUUUUACUCCUUAAACUACAGUCUUCGUCAGCGGCUUGAUAUCCUGGAGGUCCUUACCAUAGCAGCUCAGGAGCUCUCAAAGCCAAUCACUGACAAGAGAGAUCCAUCCAUUGGCCCUGCUGCUACCUCUGAGCUGAAUACAUACCCAGGUGACAACCCUGUUCACUGGCAACAAGUGGUAGAAAAGCGAAUUCAAAGCAAGACAAAACACUUCAGUAAGGGUGCCACGAAACCUCCAGCUAAGGCGACCCCAAACCGUUACGCCCCUGUUGCUGGACACUUCUUUUUUCCUUUGCUCAGGAAUUAUGACAAGCCUCAGGUGACCUUCGACCUCCUGGGCAGUGAUCACCUGGUACUGGGCAGGUUGAUCCACACUUUGGGCCUCUUUAUGCAUCUGGCAGUCAAUGCACCGAUAGCUGCACAGAUGGGCUGUGCUUUGCUGGACUUUGUGUGGGCGGUGCGAUACCAUGUUGACCAGAUGGUGAGACGAGGCGUCCUCUUCGCCGUCUGCUCUGUGUUUCUGAGUAUGCCCAGUCAAAACCUACUGGUGGACCUCAGUGAUCAGCUGUUUGAGACCAGAGCUUGGCUGGCAGGUGAAUAAAAAGAAGCAUUGCUGAUGUGGCUGAAGGUGACCCUGAUGCAGAUUGCCGGAAUCUGGCUGUGCAGAGUUUGGUGCUGCUGGAUAGAAGUGUGAAAAAGCAGCUACAAGAUCCACAAACGCUCAGUCUGGAGUCAUGAUCACAGCAUCAGCAGGGAAUAAUGAAAGUCUGUACGUGAGAAUAAACACGUGUGAAGAGAGAUUAUUGCACUUCCACCUACCCACUGGUCCUCAUAGAGACUGGGGUUGGUGGAAAUGAUGUUCCGGAUAUUUGCUGGCACAAAGGGGUCAGCCUCACGCAAAUGGAUGAUCCCAGUGAUCCAGUGACGGAUGUCCUUCGAGCUUCAGAGCUGCUUACUGCAGGUGCUGCAAAUUUUACUUCAUUUCCUGGAACAUACAGCAAACUAGAGGAAAAGAUGGGCACACGUCUUCGCACACAUUUAAGAAAGGCUUUGCGCAUAUACACCUUAUAAUACACUGCAUUGUUUACAUGAAUGUCAGGUGUUUAAUUUAUGGACCAAAUAAAAUUGUAGUAGAAUGAA